CCAGAUUGCCGUUGAUGACACAUUCAUCAACAGCGCGGCGCUCUGCUGUGUGCGUGGGGGGAAUUCAUCGUUCUUCCGGGCCGGGUUGACAUCGUUCUACGCAGUACUUAGAAAGUUAGAUCUCUCCUUUUCCAAUUGAAUUUCUCUAUUCCACCAAGGCAAGAUCUCAUGAUCGUCGGCAUUAUGGAGGAUGAGGAUACUGGAUCGGUCGACAUGACCAACUCUUGUAUGGAUUCGGAGCAGCAGUAUCCGCACGAUCUUACUGUGGAAGAGAUCAAACUGUUGAGUGACAUCCGUAGAGCUAAGAGUCAGCUCCUUCGAGAAAUCAGGGAGCUUGAAAAUGAGAUCGCCAAUGUGACAGCAGACCUAGAGAGUAUGGACAAUGAUGGGAGCAACAAAACAGGCUCCAAGAGUAAGCAGAUGAACACAGGCCGCAAGAAGUUCAACAUGGAUCCCAAAAAGGGUAUUGAGUACCUCAUAGAGAAUGAACUGUUGAAGAACACGCCAGAAGAUGUGGCACAGUUUCUAUAUAAAGGCGAGGGACUCAAUAAAACAGCUAUUGGUGACUAUCUUGGAGAAAAGAAAGACUUCAACAUCAAGGUUUUGGAGGCCUUUGUGGAACGGCAUGAGUUCAAAGACAUGAUUCUGGUGCAAGCUCUCAGACAAUUUCUAUGGAGUUUUCGUCUUCCUGGCGAGGCACAGAAGAUUGACAGAAUGAUGGAAUGCUUUGCCAAGCGUUACUGUGAGACCAAUCCAGGAGUUUUUGAAUCUACAGAUACAUGUUAUGUGUUGUCGUUCUCCAUCAUCAUGCUCAACACCAGCUUACACAAUGCCAGCGUCAAGGAGAAACCCUCCCUGGAGCGCUUCAUCCUGAUGAAUCGUGGGAUCAAUGAGGGGGGUGAUCUGCCGGAAGAACUGCUCAAGAGCCUGUAUGACAGCAUCAAGAAAGAACCGUUCAAGAUCCCGGAGGAUGAUGGGAACGACUUGACGCACACGUUCUUUAAUCCGGACCGGGAGGGGUGGCUAAUGAAACAAGGUGGCCGUUACAAGAACUGGAAGCGUCGCUGGUUCAUCCUAACAGAUAACUGCCUGUAUUACUUUGAAUACACCACUGACAAGGAACCACGUGGCAUCAUCCCGCUGGAGAAUCUACAAAUUCGGGAAAUGGAAGACAGCAAAAAACCUCACUGUUUUGAGCUCUUUGCAGCAGACGGACGCGACAUCAUCAAGGCCUGCAAGACAGACGCAGACGGCAAGGUGGUAGAAGGCAAGCACAACAUCUACCGCAUGUCCGCCUCCACGGUGGAAGAGAAAGAGGCUUGGAUCAAGUCUAUCACGGCUAGUAUCAGCAAAGAUCCCUUCUACGAUAUGUUGGCAGCAAGAAAGAAGAAAGCUUCUUCCAACAUGAAGGACACCUAGAACUCCCCUGCAGAACGUGGGACCAGGACUAAGCACAUCCAUGUAAAUAUGUAAAAUAUCCAGACCAUAAACUUGAUGAGAAGUAUUUCCAUAUAGCACAACAUGAAUGGGAAAAUGAUACAGUACAACAUCCCUAUGUGUGUGGAUUCCACACGCAAACUAGGUGUUUAAAAAAUGAUUAAGACUUUACUUUUCGUAUGUGAUUUCUAAACUUUAAUGGAAUUAUGAGUCGACUUUGCCAAAAAAAGUCAAGUAUGAAAGAUAUAUCCUUUUUUAAGCAUAGGUGUAUUUCAUAAAAAAAAAUUAAAUACUUAAAAAUGAUGAAAACAUAUGUUGGAUUAUUCUUAUUAUUUAGAGAAAAUUACUAGUCAAUAAAUCAAUAAAAAUAACCACUUUUUUUGGGGGGGGGGGCAGGUAUUUUGGUUCUUUUUGUCAUUACACCAAAAAGUCUGAUUUUGACAGAUGUGAGCUUCCAUUUCUUUGCUAAAUUCUUUUUCGAUAUGUUGCCAAAAUUUGUAAAAAAGAAAUCAUUAAAACUAGAAGAGCAUUUUAAAUAUUUUGUUAUAUAUUGUAUUAAUUAACCAUGAUGUACUGUGAAUACACCAUGAAAGUCAGGACGAAAACUUGGCUUUUUGGGUUUUUACUUGAAAAAAAAAGUAACAUUAGCUGAUGUGCUGUGUUCCAAAAUCAAGGAAGCUAAAAAGUAAAAAGAAAUGUGUUUUAUGUUGUUUUGUAUAAAAAAUGUAUCUUUAAGUGAUUUUCAACAACGAAUCAGCUCUGUACAUUCUUAGAUGUCGUGAAUAUUUAUUUGGAUGGUAAUUACACAAGUGUAUUAUUUUGUAGUUAUCAUCUGAAAGGUUGUAUCAGCAUUAUUGUACAAUAUUUGUACCCAAAUUGUACAAAUUGGCUGUGAAAGAAGUUAAAACCACCACUUGUCGUCGACUGUGAUGUGAUACAAGAUUAUUGUUUAAAUUCCAUCUUUUGAAUAACUGUUUAAAUAUUAAGGUAGUUUGUAUAAGUGGUUUUGUUAUAAUUAUUUAUUAUGCAACUCAGACUUGACAACAGGCUUUAAAACUGUUGUUACAGAAUUUGUUUUUUGGGGGAGGAACUUUGAAUUGGAUAUACAAAUAUAUAGUGACAUGUAUAUCUGUUUUGUUACAAAUGUUUAAACGUAUUGAGUUCAAUUACCCAAGGAAAAAUAGUUUUUGUAGACUUUAGUCUGGAGCAAAUUCAGGAACAUGGAUGAAUAAUUAAAUACGUUUCUGAAAAGUUCCAUUA